UCCAGGACCACCAACACAGGAACAACACAGUAAACAGAGACAUUUCUUCAGUUUUGGGACGGAUUUUUCCACAAGUAUGAAAUGAAACAGUCCGGUCGGCGUCUCGCUCAGACGGUGUGGCGGCUCUGUCAUGUUUCCAGCCGCUGUUACAGCCUUGAAUGAAGGCAGGCAUCCAUGUCCCACCAUGGAGAGGAGAAAAUAACCCCCAAAGGAAGGAAAAGAAGACGCUGCAUUGCUGAGGAAUCUUCAUCCUCUCACUCCGACUGAGGGUCUGCACAUCCGGACAGAGAACCGGAGCGCAACAGAGGGACGAGGGGCUGGUGCUCAGAAUGGCUUUCCUGGACAACCCGGCCAUCAUCCUGGCCCACAUCCGGCAGUCGCACGUGACCAGCGACGACACCGGGAUGUGUGAGAUGGUCCUGAUCGACCACGAUGUGGAUCUGGAGAAGUGUCAUUUGUCUGCGGCGUCCGCUGGCGGAGGCUCAUCCGGAGGUUCGUAUGGAGAUGGCAGUGGUGGAGGUGUAGACGGACAGACCUGCGAUCUCUCUCAGUCGGUCGACAUCACCUCGAGCUGGGACUUCGGCAUCCGGCGACGCUCUAAUACAGCUCAAAGAUUGGAGCGACUGAGGAAAGAACGACAGAACCAGAUCAAAUGCAAAAACAUCCAGUGGAAAGAGAGAAGCUCGUCUCAAUCAGCAGACGAUUUGAGUUCGCUUUUUGAAAAGAAAGACUUUAAGGACAGGCCGCGGAGCACGGGCAGUAAAUCCACACUCUCGCUGCGGCUGGAACAGUGUCCUCAACAGCUCAACAACCCCUUCAAUGAGUACUCCAAAUUUGAUGGCAAGGGCCAUGUUGGUACAACGGCAACCAAAAAAAUAGAUGUCUACCUCUCAAUGCAGUCGACCCAAGAAAAGCUUCACCCCAUGACAGUGGUCACCAUGGCUAAUGCUCGGGUCCACGAUCUUAUCGGGCUGAUCUGCUGGCAGUACACCUGUGAAGGCCGCGAACCCAAGUUAACUGAAAAUGUCAACACCUACUGUCUCCACAUCGCUGAGGAUGAUGGGGAAGUGGACACAGAUUUUCCUCCGCUCGACUCCAAUGAGCCCAUACACAAGUUUGGCUUCAGCACGCUGGCGCUGGUGGAGAAGUAUUCAUCUCCUGGACUCGGACCCAAACAGUCGCUCUUUGUUCGAAUAAACGCAGCUCACGGUUUCUCCUUGAUCCCGGUGGACAGUCUGAAAGUGACCAUGAAGGAUAUCCUGCAGAAAGCCCUCAAGAAGAGGAAGGGGUCCCAGAAAGGAUCAGGCCCCCUGUACCGACUGGAGAAGCAAAUGGAGCCGAAUGUGGCGGUGGAUCUGGACAGUUCGCUGGAGAACCAGGGAACGCUGGAGUUCUGCUUGGUCCGAGAAAACAGCUCUCGGGGUGAGGAAAGCUCAGAGGAGGAUCCACCCAUAGACAUCACUACUGUGCAGGACAUGUUGAGCAGUCACCACUACAAGUCCUUCAAGAUCAGCAUGAUCCACAAGCUCCGCUUCACCACAGACGUGCAGCUAGGAAUUUCUGGAGAAAAGGUGGAGAUCGACCCUGUGACCAACCAGAAGACGAGUACCAAGUUCUGGAUCCGCCAGAAGCCCAUUUCCAUUGACUCGGACCUGCUGUGUGCCUGCGAUCUAGUGGAGGAGAAAAGUCCAAAUCAUGCAAUAUUUAAACUCACAUAUCUCAGCAACCACGACUACAAAGCUCUGUACUUCGAGUGUGACGCUGCUACUGUCAAUGAGAUUGUGCUCAAGGUGAACUACAUCCUGGAGUCUCGCGCCAGCACAUCGAGAGCGGAUUAUUUUGCCCAGAAACAGCGCAAACUAAGCCGCCGCACGAGCUUCAGUUUCCAGAAGGACAAAAAGUCAGGCCAGUAAAGCUGGAGGAGGAAACCGUUCAGCCGACUCUGAACCAGACCAAGAGAAUGAGACUGGCCUGUGUGAGGAACAGAGGAGCAUAGAAAAGGUAAAAACCUAAGAAAGAGGAGAACGCCGCGGUCUCGUUCCAGAUGGAGAAAAUCAGCCUUUCCAUGAGCUGAUGGUCCGUAAUCAUAUCAGAGCACUGAAGCUCCACGCUGUCUCUCGAAUGUACUCGCAAAACCAACCAACAAUCUGACUGAACAUUUAGAUAUUAGCCAUCGCCCAGACCAGAUCAAACCAUCAGCUGGACUCUGGAUGCCAAGGGCCGAGAACUUGCUGCUGUUUUGAGUCAGUUUUCAAAGACUUCUUCCUUCCACUGCCUAUAAAUGAACUGUACAUAAACGCGCACCAAAACCAACGCAGUCGGAAACUUCGAAAAAGCCAGAAUGAGCACGCGAAACCGUAUUAGCCGUUCCCAUAUGUUUCAGAGAUGUUAAGUGGCAGGACUUUACUUGAAGGGGUGUUCGUAAGGAUGUCACAACAGCUUUAUAACCAUGACGUGACUCUAUUUUGCUUUGCAUGCUUAUGACAACUGUCAUUAAGUGUCAUUCGCUCAGUUAUGUCAUUUUAAAUCUAAAGCUGACGUUAUUUGAGAUGCCUUCGUUAUGACAGCUUGACAUAAAUGAAUACAUCAUAACCUGUCUUUGUCGUGACAACUUGACAUUAUCAAGACAAUUUAACUUUUUGUUUGCAUGCUUAUGACAAGUGUCGUUAAGUGUCAUUUGGACAGUUGUCAUGUUAAAUACAAAAGUGACAUCAUUUAAGAUGCCUUCGUUAUGACAACUUGACAUAAACGAAAACAUUAUAACCUGUCUUUGUUGCAACAACUUGACAUUAUCAAGACCAUUUAACUGUUUGUUUGCAUGCUUAUGACAACUGUCGUUCAGUGUCAUUCACUCAGUUUUGUCAUUUUAAAUCCAAAGCUGACAUCAUUUAAGAUGCCUUCAUUAUGACAACUUGACAUAAACGAAAACAUUAUAAACUGUCUUUGAUGCGACAACUUGACAUUAUCAAGACAAUUUAACUUUUUGUUUGCAUGCUUAUGACAAGUGUCGUUAAGUGUCAUUCACUCAGUUAUGUCAUUUUAAAUGCUGGGGUUACAUUAUUUGAGAUGCCUUCGUUAUGACAACCUGACAUAAAUGAAUACAUAAUAACCAGUCUUUGUCACGACAACUUGACAUUAUCAAGACAAUAUAACUUUGUUUGCAUGCUUAUGACAACUGUCUUUGUGUCAUUUGCUCUGUUAUGUCAUAUUACAUAGUUUGAGAUGCCUUCGUUAUGACAGCUUGACAAACUAAUACAUCAUCACCUGUCUUUGUCAUGACAACUUGACAUUAUCAAGACUAUAUAACUUUUUGUUUGCAUGCUUGUGACUACUGUCGUGAAGUGCCAUUUGCACAGUUAUGUCAUUUUAAAUGCAAGGGUUUCAUUAUUCGACAUCGUUACGACUGCUUGACAUAAACUAAUACAUCAUAACCUAUCUUUAUCUGUCACAACAACUUGACAUGAUCAAGACUAUAUAACUUUUUGAUUGCAUGCUUAUGACAACUGUCGUUAAGUGUCAUUCACUCAGUUAUGUCAUUUUAAAUGCAAGGGUUACAUUAUUUGAGAUGCCUUCAUUAUGACAGCUUGACAUAAACGAAUACAUCACAGCUUGUCUUUGAUGCGACAACUUGACAUUAUCAAUACAAUAUAAAUUUGUUUGCAUGCUUAUGACAACUGUCGUUAAGUGUCAUUUGCACGGUUAUGUAAUUUUACAUUGCUUGAGAUGCCUUCGUUAUGACAGCUUGACAAACUAAUACAUCAUAACCUGUCUUUGUCGGGACAACUUGACAUUAUCAAGACAAAAUAACUUGUCAUAAAUCUGUCAUAAACAUGAUAGUCCGUUUUAAAUGGAUCAUUAAAAUGUUCUGUGAAGUUAGGUUGUUUUGAUAAUCAAGUUGUUAUGACAGACAAAAACAGGUUAUGAUGUUUUUGUUUGUCAAAUUGUUAUAACAAGGUUUGGAGUUUUGUUUCAUAAUGCAAUUUAAUAGCAUAAAUAAACAGGGAAAAAUUCAAAACUAAAAAAAAUAAAUCUCAAAAUACGUAAAAAUGCUAAUUUGCGAAUAUUUUUUGCAGUGCACAAUAAUAAAACAUGUCAAACAAUGUCAUCAUUGCAUUUAAAAUGUCAUAACUAAGUUACCAUAAACUAAUACAUCAUAACCUAUCAUUGUCAUGACAACUUACAAUAUAACUUGUCAUAAAUCUGCCAUAAACAUAAUAGUCCAUUAUAAUUGCAUCAUAAACAUUUUUUUGAUAGCUUUUGUCAUUAAAAAUGUUCUGUAAAAGUGUCAGUACUCUGUCGAAUACUUUUAUUAAUGCGUCAUUAAUAUUUAGUGACAUUUUAUACACCAAUUUAAUUUGUACGACUGUAGUUCAAGAGGUCAAGAGAAAUAUUAAUGACGCUGUUAUAACAUUCAUGACACAAAUGCAAUGGCUUCAUGACGAUCAUGUUUAUGACAGAUUUAUGACAAGUUGAUUAUGACAAAGACAGAUUAUGAUGUAUUUGUAAAAUUGGUAUAACAAGGUUUGGUGUUUUUUCUUCUAUAACGCGAUUCAAAAGCUUAAAUAAACGAGGAAAUAUUAAACAAAUAAAAACAUGAAUCACAAAAUACGGAAAACUGCUAAUUUACGCAUGUUUUUUUUUACAGUGCAUAUAAUAAAACAUCUCAAACAAUGUCAUCAUUGCAUUUAAAAGGGCAGAACUGAGCUAAUGACACUUACUGACAGCUGUUAUAAGCAUCCAUCUGAUGUUAUGUCAUGAUUAUAAAGGUAUCAUACGAACACCAGCUUCAUGUAAAGUGUUACUUAAGUUAAAACAGACAUCGAUGCAUAAAGGGAGGGUUUUUUUUUUCAGUUUUUUUAUUUUUAACAAAAACAAUGUAAAUAGCAACCGCAUUCAGGGUGUGAUGACAAACCCUCGUUGGCCAUAGUACUUCAGUGCCUGCUACAGAUCAACUGCAUUUGUGUUUUUUUAGAUUUUAUUAAGUAUCCGCUGAUUCAGUCGGGUCGAAAACGCCUGCAAACUUUUUACCAACCGAGGAAGCCGCUAGGUUAAGGAAUGACCGAUUUUUAACGAUCAAAUACAAAAUGAAUAACUACUUCUUUAGACUGUGAUGUGUUUCUCCCUUCUUUUGAUUGCAUAUAUUAUAAUAACGAACCAAUCGGCGGCUAGAUGGCGGCUUUGGCUCCUCUGACUGUCUGCAAUGGGAAUGUAUGACGUUUUUGUCACGUUUCUUGGUAAAUGUUUCAGAAAACAUUUUGAAAGUAGGUUCAUUUCAUCUGCAAGGAAUGGCUCCAUCUCCCCACCAAAUCUGCCGUUUCAGCCUGUUUCUGUCUUUGUGUAACUCCACUCCAAUCGCUGCUGUUGUUCAACUGGAUUCAGGGUGUUCGUUCUAUCCAAAACUGUUCUGACUCAGGUUUCCGACUGCCAUGUUGUCUUGACUGAUCUAGCUUCAUUUUGUUUUUUGUUUUUUUCCUGUGCGUCUGUCAAAGCCGAGAAGCGAUGACUGACGCUCAGUUGGACAAAGACAGCGUGUGUUCCUCUGAUGGGGAUUACAGCUGAAUAGACAUUUCAAAUAAGAAACUUUAUUUAUAAUAUUACAAUGACCUGGGGGGGGGGGGUAUCAUGCGGCCUAUGGAAUCAACAAUAUUUGCUACAGUACAUCUAUACUGUAUAUAAGUAGAUUUUCUAAUUAAAGACUGAACUACAAUG